AAGGGGGUCGGACUGACUGAGCUGCGAAGAGAAGCAACUCGGAGGAGGAAGCUGCAGAAGAAAGCGAGGGGCUUGUCGUGUUUCCGCGUGUCCUGGCUCUCUUCCACGGAGCUCGUGGAGUUUGCUUUGUUUAAAGUGCGAGGAGGGAGAAAAGGCGUCUGUGCGCGCGCGCGCGGCGGCGUCUCUGGUCUCCCAAUUAAAGUUUUGUGACUUCAGGCGCUUUGUGACUUCACUCGCCUGCCAGGCUGCUCUCCGCUUCCGUGAGCCGGGGCGGCCUCUCUUGCCUCCAUGCCUGGCGGCGGGGAGAGGCAGCCGCUGAUCCCUAGGGGGCGCCGCUGGCGGUGGCAGCAUCCGCAGCACAGGAUGCCCUGCUGCACGCAAGGAGCGGCCUUCGUUCCGACGCUGCUGGUCGUCUGGUCUUCGGCCUCCUUCAUCAUCUCCUACGUGAUCGCGGUCCUCGAAGGCCACGUGGAGCCGCUGUUCCCGUACAUCAGUGAUACAGGAGCAAAACCUCCAGAAAGUGGUAUUUUUGGAUUUAUGAUUAACAUUUCAGCAUUCCUAGGUGCAGUUACGAUGUAUGCAAGAUACCUAAUUGUCAAGGAGCAAAAUGAAGUGACACGUUUUAUUUCCCCCUGUUUCAAUUUACUAGCACUGUUUGUUGGAUGGAUAGGUUGUGUUGGAAUGGGCAUUGUUGCAAGCUUUCAGGAGCUAGCAGUUCCUGCUGUCCACGAUGGAGGUGCUCUUUUAGCUUUUGUGUCUGGCGCUCUGUACAUUGUGCUUCAGACUGUAAUCUCUUACAAGUCAUAUCCACAAUGGAGCAGUUUGUGUACGUGUCACACAAGGCUGCUGUUCUCUGUAAUGACUUGGGUAGCUAUCAUUCCCAUGAUUGCGUGUGCUUCACUAGUUUCCAUAACAAAGAUUGAGUGGAAUCCAGGUGAAAAGGAUUACGUGUUUCAUUUUGUGAGUGCAAUCUGCGAAUGGGUAGUAGCCUUCAGUUUUGUUUUCUUCUUCUUAACUUUCAUCGGAGAUUUUCAGGGAGUUACAAUACGGAUAUCAACAGAGCUACAUGGAAACCUAUGACCACUUCUUAUAGUUUGGAUCAUAGAAGCUGGAGUUGAGGGCAUUAAAGAAACUGUUGGGGAGACUCCAGAAUGGUAAAAUCUGGUGUGACACAAACCUGGUGGAUCAACGUUGCAAGUUGCAUAAUCAUAGUCAAGGGAGAGACUAUUUUUACUUUUACUAAUAUCCCCAUGUGCCUUGUUUCCCCUUUUAAACCUAUGUAUUUUUUAAAUACUUCUUUCCAGUUUUAUUUUUUAAAUGGGAACGUCUGAAAAAUGUUAACUUCUGCGGGAAAAAAGAGGAAGAGACGUUCCUCCUCGACAACUGUUGCCUUCUUUCUAUUUGUUGGAAGUCAAGAUGGCCUCAAAGUAACUCAGGCUGCAGUCUGGUGAACUCGGUCCCAUUGGUGAACUUGGUGGGGCUUUCUUUCAACUGACUGUGCUUAAGAUUGCGUUUUAAAAUGCCUAGUAUUCAUUGUGGAUAGUAAUGUCUGCUUUUAUGUAUUAGGAAAUAAACUGGCCCUGAUCUAAAGAGA